UCUCUACAGAUCAUCACUGCAAAAACACUCGGAGGAGCACUCUUCAUCUGUAAGUGAUCCUCCAUCAUGGUGAAAGGCACACUGAAUGAACUCUCCCAGCUCAAACAGUCAGGCUUCGGUCAGCCAGAGCCCAGACAUGGCCUCAAUCUGCUCUACUGGUUUGCUCGUGAAUAUAUAUUGUUCGAUUUUGGGGAAAUUAAACCCAAAUUCAAUCCGGUGUUUGGAGAGUUUGGCUUCCACAAGUUUAAUAACAGAAUUGAAGAUGAAGAUCACAUCGUGCCCAUUCAAAAUCUCCCAUACUAUGAAGUGGGAAACCUGAAUUACUCAAAUGCAGACAAGCUCCCAAAUUACGUCAGGCAAAAAUACAGCCACUAUAACCCUGACAGUAACAAGGACCGCAUUAUUGUGCAUCAGGACGGCAAUGGUAAACUGAACAGGGUUUAUGUGACUGAACACAGCGACCAGAGACAUUUUGACAGCAGCAAAACCUACCGUGUGAGCAAUGGCCUCCUGCUGAUCAUCAAAAACAUGAGCAGGGAGGAUUUUCUCUCCAAGGUCUCCAAUACUGGCAAUCGUACCAACAACCAGCAGCCAUUUUACUAUCAACAACAUUCUGUUUAUCAGUCCUACAGCACUCCAGUAAAUCACACUCCUUCUCCUCGUCCUCCUCCGCCAGCAGAAGAUAGCUCCUGGUGUACCAUUCUUUAAGCAUGAAGAGCUGCUGUGCUGAUAUUAAUCUGCUCACAUUCAUCUGAUUAUUAUCAUCAGUUUUAUCACAGGCCUUAUAUUUAAUUAUCUGUAUUAUGCUACGGGGUUGAUGAAUGCUUGAUUCUGAAUGGCUGGUAAACAUUCAAAGACGUGCCAUUAUAUAUAGCCUAUAGUUCCGGGUUUUGGUGAAUAAUUCAGUCUGCUGAAUUAUUAGAGGAUAGAGCACACAAGUGAUUAAUUUCAUUUCCUGGUUUUCAUUUCUUUCCUGUUGUGUGGUGAUGUGGCUUGGUUUGAAAUUAAAAAAAAAAAUUAAAACUCA